AUGUCUUACGCUCCUUUUGCUCGGCUGUGCCGUGGUUUUGUCAGCAGACGUGUUGUAAACUCUACUCUCGCGCGGAACAUGGCAAGCGAACGAAGACACAAGAUUCUCGUCACACGAAGAGUACCACAAGCUGCCAUAGAAAUUCUCAAGGAUUCUAAAAGGUAAACAGUUUUUGCAUGAGGUAUCAUUGUGCUUUUUCGGUGGCUCCUUAAGACAGACUUUUUGAAUAUGUUAAACUUACACUAUUUGCGAUGCGGUUCGAGGAAAACGGCACGUAGUCAUUUGGGAGUCAUUUAUCUAUUCCUUUAUGAAUUAAAUUAAUUAAUGGUAAGCCCUUAUUGCAAUUGAAGGAGAAAAGAGAUGGUGAAAUUAGAAUCCCCUUUUACUUGUCAGUAUUAAAACACAGACUCGACGGAUGGUGUCCUUUAUAGUCUUUUAUAGCUCACUGGAAUUGCACGAGUACGCGAGAAGCCUUUGUUUAGUUAUAUGUUUGUUUGUUUUUUCAUUGAAGAGAGGUAAACUAAUUAAGGAUGUAUCUGUUUACAUGGAGACUGAGAGUUACUAGAGAGGUAGGGGAAGGUAGCAGGCUAACCCCAGAACUCACACUUUUCUUUCCCUUUGUGUGAGAUGCUGUUCAUCACGCAAACAUGAUUUGAACUCCCCAAGGUCCUCUUUCUUGGGUUUCUGAGUCAUUCAGACAGGACAUUUACUGACUGUCCAAACCAUUUUCCAGAUUUCAACUUGGAAAAUUUAAAGUUUUUCCCUAAAAAUAUAUUUAUUACAAAAAAUUUGACCAAUUUCCGUAAAACGGUGGAACCGGUAUGGAUCGGUGCCUGGUUAGAGCCUUAAAUUUAAAUUUACAGUUGAACCUCUCCACAAUGGCCACCUCACAGACAGAAGAAAGUGGCAGUUGUGGAGAGGUGGCCGUUAUGGGGAGGUAGGGGUGUAAUAUGACAAAUUUUUUAGGGAGUACAACAUGUUUAUUGUGUUAAGUUCAUGGCAACAUUCGCUAUGAGCAUCAUAGACACUUUUUGCUGAAGCAGUAUAAAUGGAACACAAUCAAAAUACAGUUGCUGCGAUUAAUCAUCAACACACCAUGUAGAUCAAAUUUCAUGACAUUCUUCAGUCGCGCUGAAACAACUGGCCAUUGUAGAGAGGUGGCCAUUGUGGCACCUGUUAUUGGAGGUUUGACUGUAUUUGAAGGACAAAGAUCAGUUGAUCUUCACUUAUUUAAGGGCAAGUAUUUAUUAAAUUAUUUCAACACUUAAAACUUUCCAGUACUCUUCAUUGCAUCCUAUUCUCCAAGUUAAUAUUUAAACUAUUCAUUCAUUACUGAAAGCUGUGAUUUGGAUCACUGGGACUCAGAUGAUCCUAUUCCCAGAGGUGAACUUCUGAACCGAGUGUCUGGGGUGGAUGGACUUUACUGCCUCCUUACAGAGAAGAUUGAUGCCGAGUUACUUGAUGCUGCUGGUUAGUGUUCAAUACACACCAUGGCUGUUCACAACUUCAUCUGUUGUCUAAAACUAUCAUGUAGAAAUCGUUGGACAAAGUUUCUUGUAAAUUGGGGAAGCACUCUUAUCAAAAAGGUUCAUGCCAGCUAAUGGAUGAGCCUUUUUUUCGUGGAAGAGCCUUGGUGAAAACAUCAUUAAUGGGCUUGUGACACAUUCUUUGCCAUCUUUUUAAGGAGCGAGAACGUUUUGCACAUCAAUUGAGUUCCAAAAAAUGAUGGUUCAGUGUUAUUUUUUUAUAUUAUUUGCUUUGUUAUGUCUUAUUGUAUUAAUCUAUAAUACUAGCUCAGUUUGAUAAGCUGUACUCAUGAACUCUAAAAAUUCGACUCCUGGACACCAAACGGAAAGAAAAAAAAACAAAUAUGAGACUCUGAGACCCAGCAUUUUUCAAAUUCAAAUUUGGGGUUCCAAGGUGCAAAAAUCACCUGAAAACGAGACUUUUGAGACCCAUCAAAAAUGCUUCAAAAAUUUUGAGAUUGGGCCAAAAUCAGUUUUCUGAGACCCACGUUUUUCAAGGUACCCGUCUACACCCCUCAAAUGCAAAGUGUAGCUUACAUCAGAUACUCUUUAUCAGUUUAUUAGCACCAUCAAAUGAAUGAUAAAGGGAUUUUUGUUAUGUUUGUGACUAAUUUCAUCUCCUACUUUGAGAACUGUAGAGCUGUGAUCUUUGUUCACCACAUCGUCUCUCAAUCUUUUUUCUUUACUUUGAAGAGAAACAAGGGGCACUCUAUACAUCAUUUAACUUUGGUCUGAGUUUGAAUAAAUCUAUAUUACACAAAUUUCAUAUUUACACAUUACGCAGGUCCACAGCUCAAGAUCGUGAGCACAAUGUCAGUAGGGUUUGAUCAUGUCAGUUUGCCAGAAGCUGCUAAAAGGUAAGAACAUCACCACAAAUAAUAUUAUUGUUGCAACCAAACAGAGAGGUCAUGGUUCAAUGAUAUGGAUUGCUAACUAGAUUUCUAGAAUUAUCAAACAGGGUUGGCCAGGGUUUUUGGGUAUACGGUAUACAGGGGCUUUUUAAAUUGGGUAUACGGUAUAUUGCAGCUUAAAUACAGGUAUUUGGUACAUCACUUUCUUUGAAUUUCAGGUAUAAAGUAUACCUGGGUAUAAUUUUGGGUAUAUUUGGAUGAAUUUUGGGUAUUUUUGGGUAUUUUGGCAAAUUGUUUUCGGAUAAACUGGUAUACCACUACCUCCCCUGGCUGACCCUGAUCAAAGAGUGGCCUGACCACUAGCUUUUACUGUAGUUGUUUCUCAGUCCCCCCGACUGUAUUUAGUACUUUCAUUAGGCAAUUACAGUCAAUUAACAACCAUCAUAGAUAAAUGUAAUGGUCAAAAUGAAUUUCUCUUUUAAUUUAUAGACAUACACUGCCAUCAAUGUUCUCUGAGUAAUUUUCAUUUGCAUAAUUAUUUUGAUGUUUGAUUGUGUAGAGGGAUUCCUGUCGGUCAUACUCCAGGAGUGCUAACAGAUGCAACUGUAAGUCAAUUUAAAUGUCUUGUUUUAAAGACAUUAGUAACCCAAACAUAGAAUUAACUGUCUCCAAACACACAAAAAUUAAAAUUUAACCUUAAUUAAAUUAAUGCUCUCUGUAAAAUUAACAUACUACUACGUAGAAUAAUUUGAUUAUGCAGUGGAGUCUACUUACAACUUUAACUUGCAGCUGUAGAUUAACCUAAAACUGGUGACAAAAUUAGUUGAGACACUUUGCCCUGACGGAGGGCCUUUCAAAUGUUUUGCCAAGUUAAAAAAGGAAAAAUAAGGCUUUUCCUUCCCCAUCGCCUCCAUGCAGUGUUGUGCCACUGUUCGUGGCUGCUACCUGUUGAAAACAACAAAUGCCCCAACUUACAAGUUAUUAGAAUGGAGGUCAGAGGGGAGGGGUGCAGAAAUGUUCUCUGAAGUUACCCCAUUUCAGGACAAUGUCUCAACAAUUUUGUUGGCAAUCGUAGGUAGAAUUGUGGUAACACAUUUAACCUAGAUUGAAUACUGAUUUAACCUGAGAACAGAUGUUUACCCAUAACAUAACCACCACUUAAUCAGAUGGAUGUGGAUGCAGAUGCCAGAAAACACAAUUGCCCCCAUUCUGUCAUACCACUGCUGUUCUUGUAGCUUAGCUGUAGUAGUGAACCAUUCAUGUAUCCCUGACCCCUUUCUUGUCUCAUGUGUCUCCUGCACCACAAGACAACCUGCUUGAAUUCUAGUGCUCCACUGUUUCCUCAAAAAUGCCUGCACGUACAUGUAAGAUAGAAAAAAAACUGUUUCUAGUUGCCUUUACAGUUUGGAUUAGAAGUUAGAAAAACCUUCCUUAUUUUAAUUUCUUUUGAAUUUUUCCUUACAGUACAGAUUAUAAAAUUUAUCAAUUUUUUUUGUUAUAAUAUUUGCACAAUAGUUAUAAUAUUAACAAUAUGUAUUUUUUUUGUAGGCCACCCUGACAGUGGCCUUACUUUUGGCUACUCAGCGGCGAUUGAUUGAAGCAGCCGCAGAAGUGAAAAAGUAAGUUGUUAAAUCCUUUACAAAAUCCUCUUUCCUUGUCUGCGACACUAGUAUGUUGACAAAUUCAUUAUGGAUCCUUACAAAGCUGUUGUGCUAUUACCCGUAAUGUACUGUAGGUUCUGUGCCAUUCCUCAGCAAGUGAAGACCAAAAGUGAGAAAAAGGCUUCUGCUUUUGCAAGCUGCUGAAGGCUUAAGCUACAUCACUGCAUUUUGCAUUAUAAGAUGUUUUUUUUUUCUUUUUUAACCCAGUGUUUUUAUUUUCUGCUUGUGUGUUUUCAGUGGUGGGUGGGGCACUUGGAAGCCACUGUGGAUGUGUGGGCCAACAUUGAUGGGUAGCACUGUUGGAAUCGUUGGAUUUGGAAGAAUUGGUUGGUAUUUUUGUUAACAUACUUCCUGUUUAAUUCAAGAGAGCCUGUAAAAGCCCUAAGUCAUUUCUAAUUGUCUUCUUGACUUUCUUGUCAAAAUGCAUCGUAUAAAUUCUAAGAGAAACCAAGGGAGAAGUGGUCAUGAAAGUGGAAAUGAUCCUAGCAGUUGAAUAAACAACCUAAGUGGUUCAAAAAGAACCUGAAAAAAGAUUAGGCUUGACCCAGUAUCAUUACCCUGAUGUUUGCGAUGAUCGAAUAUGAUGCUCUAUCCAUUAAGCUAAUCAAGCCCCUGGAGAGCAGGCUAUUGUGUGUUUGUAAAUUAUAUACCUGUCUUUACUUGAUGUUAAUCACUUUGUUAGAUACUGGGUAUUUACUGACAUGUAUGCUGUAGGGAACAAGAGUGGUGUAGUGGUGGAAGCACUCACUCCCACCUAAUGUGGCUUCAUAUUUUGAAUCACGGAGACAAUGUGAUGUUUGAGUUGAUUCUGUUGUUGGUUCUCUUCCUUUCUUCCUUUCUUCGAGAGGUUUUUUUUCUUUACCCACUCUCAUUUUCCCCUUUCUUGAAAACCAACAAUUCCAAAAUCCAAUUACACCAGGGAAAUGGUAGAUACAAAGAGCCACAGACUCUUUAUGUUUAUUUGCUACCAUCAAAAUCAUUAUUUUAUUUAUUUAUUUGUUAUUUAUUUGCUUAUUAGUUGCUGUAAUUCAUCAUAUCCUUCAGGUGUUGCAGUGGCACAAAGACUUGCUCCAUUUGGUGUUGCAAGAUUUUUGUAUGCUGACGUCGAAAAGAAGCCAGAAAAUGGUGAGUCAAACUCCAUUUAUAAGGCAGCAGUGUCAAUAGUCUCUGAUUUUAAGUAAAAUACCCUUCCCUCCCCUGUGGAUAUAUUUUUUGGUUUCAUUUAAUUUACAAGUACCUCCUUACCCAUCCCUUGGGGUAUUUAAGGUUUGUUUUAUAGUUCCUUGAAGAAGGUAAGAAGCUGGUCAUGUUACCCCUUCUAGUUUGGCCAAAGCCAGUUUUCAUUGUAAGGUGAUCCAGAUUUCACCAUCCUGGAAAUUUUUGCUUCUCGAAUGGGGGAUCUUGGGCUUUGGAAUCUGGCAUUCAGCUCAAGGAAUGCAAAAUCGUUUGGAUAAUCCAAGUUCCAACUCUGGAAUCCAGUACCUGUAAGAAUCCAGUACCAGAAUCCUUAGCACGGCAUACAGAAUCCCAGAUUGUCUUGGAGUGACACUUUUGCCAUCACUCAAUAAGCCAUGUUUUAAUUGAGCAGGGGGCUAGGUACAAAUGUGUAUUAAGUCAGUUGAAUUAAGAAAUUAAGAGAAUUCAAACGUAUGUGCAUUUUUUAAUUUGAGUGUUUUGCCUGAAGUGUACCUUGGAAAAGAUCUGUUGGCAUGUGGCCAACACAAAAACAUGGAAUGCAAAUAUGGUAUGGUGGAGUGACAUGCACCAAGCUGUAACAAUUCAAUGACUGAAGCUCAAGUUUCCACUGACUGAAAGUCUAAUGACGUUUUAAAUUUUAUUUUGUCUUAAUUAGUUGAAAAGAUGGUCACACCCAAAGCCGAACAUGGUGAGAUAUUUAUUGUUUGUCAAUAUAUUGUCAUACUGCAUGUACAGAUGAUUUGUUUUGCAUCAUCCUCCUAGGAUAUUAUUAUUAUUAGAAGGCAGUUAUUGUAUCGCCAGAAAAAUAUCGGCAUUAGAAUCCGAUUCUGAUUUGGCAGAGUAAGUUUUGAUUGACCGUAGUGACAACUGACAUCAUAAUGUAAGCUUAAAUUGUAUGGUUUCCAUUGAACAUCACCCUAAGUACCUUCAUUGUUCUUGGUAACUUUUAGUUUAACAUUUUCAACCAAAGAAUCUUACCUGAAACAUAACCUAAUAGUUCUCCUGUCUGAUACCAUGGGUUAAUGUCAUGAGAAGAACUGGGUGUUAAACAACUAAAUCCCUAGAAAAUUUCAAUGUCAUUAAUGCUGAUAAUAAAUUUUAAAAUAUGUGUCAUUUUGUCGGCUAACUGAGCUUAUGAGAGUAUUCUUUUCUAAAUAUUUCAGUGGAUAUGGAGACGUUGUUUAAGGAGUCUGACUUUGUGACUGCCCACACUGCUCUUACACAAGAAACAGCAGGUAAAGUUGAAAUCUCAACAACACCAUUGAAACCCACAAGUCCAGCUGUGAAUGUCAAGGGAUAGGUGUUAUCGUCACUGCAGGCCCCCACCCCCUUAUGAGAGGCGCGUUUAGAAAAGUGUCAAUGGACAUUAUCAAUGUUUUGAAGUUUGGCUCAAAUAUAGGAAAUCGAUGGAAUUGGAUUUUUUUAUGGUGGCUGUCGCAAUCCCUAAUUCAUUUCCUUAUGGGGGUAUGGAAAUCUGAAUUCAUCAUUUUCACAUAGACAAUAAUGCACCUUCACAUAGACCAUAAUGCACCUUGUUUACCCCUUAAAAUUUUGUAACACCAUUGUGUUCAAUUUCUCUUGAGACGACCAUAAUAACCAGGAGAAAUUGGAAACAAUGGUUAUGCAAAAUAUUGCCGGGUAAACAACUUGCCUUAUGGUCUAUCUAAAAAUGGUAAAUUGGGGCAAAAUAUCUUUUCGGAACUUUUUUCUUCCAUACGGGGGCAGUCAGAAAAUGGCUUCUCAGUAACAUGAAUUUCUUGCGGGCUGGGGGUGCGGAUUAAAAAAUGAAAUGUCCCAAUACAUGAGCGACACUCCAGAUAGAGGACUCGGUACUUUUCCAUUUGGAAAAAAAUCGUUAACUCACCGGUUUUUCUAAAGCAAUUAUGAUGAGUUUGUUAUCUCAUCUGGAACACGUAACCGUUUAUGCAUCUCUUUUUUCCUGCACACAGGUAUGUUUAACAAAGAUGCUUUCUCAAAGAUGAAAAACAAUGCGGUUUUCGUGAACACUAGCAGGUAAAAUCAGAGCACGAGAGGUUUUAUUUUUUGCGUUGUUAAUUCAGUAGAUAAUUGUUAAAGAUAAAGGUUGAUUAAAGGUAGUUUUCCCUGCGAGUAAGCUCUCUAUUUCGAGUGGAGAUCAUCUCCUUUUGCGUGUAGCUCGCGCGUGACUUUCUACGACAUCACCCAAAUAUAGAGCUUGCUUGCAGACUAAAAUAAUUCAUGGCGUCUUGGCAUUUGAGAUAACGGUCACUCCGAGGACGAAUACCAUAGUAUCAUUUGUUGGUCUCGAAUAAAUAAGUAAAUUUUUGGGGCUCUUAUUGUUUUGUUUUAGAGGAGGAGUGGUGAACCAGGAUGAUUUGUAUGAAGCACUGAAGACGGGCCAGAUAUGGGUACGUUUUUUUGUAACUACAUGUAAUAAAUAUCUGGCAUGACGGGCACUUCCAUGAUGCUCGAUCGCAUAAAAAGCUAACUAACUAACGUUAUUUGGAGAGAGACAUUUUCUAGAUAGAAUUAGAAUUUGAAAAACUGUUCAUUUUUUUUAUGAGAGGGUAAAGCACGAAUAUCCGCAGAAAAUUAAAGUAGGAUGAUGUUGGACAUUCCAACCGUUAUCCAACAACAUUCAGCACCACCCAACAAGGUGGUGUUAUGGAUCGAACAUUGUUGGAUCAAGUCGGGCCAACACCAUUCCGAUAAGGCAUCGAACAAAGUUAGAUGAAAUUGUCACAACAUGCUAGAUCCGUUUGAACAAGGCCUGAGUUGCAAAAAAAUGUAGCCAACUUGACGUGCGCCGAAGCAUUGAAUAGGGAGUUUAAAGCAACCAGGAAGGCAAAGGCAACAGGCUCAUCUUCCCUGCAAAACUACGACGGGAAACAUUGCCUUGUGACGUAUCAUAGAGCAUUUUAACACUCGACGACACAUUUUUCUUUCUCUUUUUAAACUUUGAUUCGCUCCCUUUUAAUCCAACUCCAGAAAACUCGCUUAUAAUUCAACCGUUGAGCCGGUUGAAAUAACAGCCCUAAAUUUUAGAAGAACGAGAAUGCUCUUUAUAAAUUGACGUCUCCUUUGCCGUCACCACCCUGGUUGCUUAUCCUUAAUACACUCUUUUCUUUUUUUGAGAAUAUCGAGGCUGAAAUUUGUGAAAUUUUAAGAAUAUUUGAAGAAUAAACUGAGAUUGAUUGAUAUUGAAAAGAUACAACUUUGUGUGUUGUGUAAUUACAAUACAUGGGGCGGUACAAUUAUACGUUUUUAACUUAACCGUAUGUGAAUUAUUCCUUUUUCUAAACUGCAAACGUAGAAAAAAAAUUGAAAGCCUUCUGCGCCUGCUAUAAUCAAAUGUUCAAUGCUAAUGACAGUUUGAUGAACGGUACAUGAUUUGUACGGUAAAUAUAGCACAAAAGAAAUGAACAAAACCGCCAAGAGCCGUAAGAAUAUUUUCAGCCUAAAAACGGCAGAAAAAUAAGAAUAUUCAGGCUGGGCCGGAUAAACAACAUUCGUACGUGGAAAGAGUGUAUCAUUUGAUUUCGUCAAAUUUUAAUUGAAAAAAUUUUAGUCGAACAUAGUCUGAUGACCGACUGUAUAGAGGCUCUGUGAGUUUGUCGUCAAUUAGUAAUAAACAAUUUUGUCUGUUUGGACCCUGGUAACUUGCUGGUGACAUGGCUUCUUUUUCCAGGGUGCUGGUUUGGAUGUAACAGUUCCUGAACCUCUGCCUUUGGAUCAUCCACUGCUCACCCUUAAGAACUGUGGUAAGAACUCUUCAUUCCCAUUCAUUUCAGAUUAUUUCUGCCUCUCUGUCUUCAAAAUUUUCCCCCUAUAUUUAAAGAAGGGGAUCCAUUGGGCUCUUGACAUCCAAUUCCUGGAAUAAGCCCUAGGAUCAGUAGUCCCGAUCUCAUGAAGAUGGAAACCAGGGGCACCCAACGAGAAUUAUCAAGUUUUGGUGAUUUUGUAUCGUAACAAUUUGCAUAAAACCAUAAAUUUGCCAUCUAUAUCCGUAUAAAAAUAGGGGAUUUUUAAAAAGUAGACAAGCCUAAAGGAUGCUGAAAGUCUAGUGAUCCGCAAAUAAUAGGGAUCCAAACUUACCUUUUCGAAAAUUUCAGCCAGAAAAAAGGCUCCCGAAAAUUCUAGGUUACCUUUUUAGGGUAAAAAUCCGUUAAAAUAGGCAAUUAUACCAUAUUUUAGAGGUUCGAAAAUCCUAGGAGAAGCAGGCAAGCAAGAAAUUUUACAACAAAUGUUCCGAAAAUUCUAGAUCUUAAAUCGUCUUCCGAACAGAUAUUUUUCCGAAAAUUGUCGUUGGGUGCCCCUGGGAAACAUUAGGUCUCUAUUACAGUCAACUCUCGUCAUGCGGACAGUUCGCUAUUAAGGCGACAGCAGCUACUACCCUAGUCUCCCUCGCAGCCGUUUUUUGGAUGUCACGCAAGGCCCCCCAACGUGACAUCCAAAAAAUGGCUGCAAGGGAGACUACUGCUACCCCGGCAAAAAAAUUAGCAAUCAUCUAAAGAAGUUUGCCGCAGGUCGAGAAGGGGCCAAGGCGGAUAACACCCUCCGCAAUCUGCAGAAUUGGUGAGAUCAUACUCAGCCUCAGCGUUGUUGAGAUCAUACUCAACCUCAUAUAGUAAUUGCUAAAUUAUUAUCGCAGCUAUGUACGAAACAUCAAUCCCUUAGAGCCCUUCAGUGUCACCAUUCUUUCCGUGUUUGAUCUUUCAGUUGUGCUUCCCCACAUUGGCAGUGCAGAGGAAUCCACAAGGGAGGCUAUGGCUGUUCUUGCCGCGAAAAAUCUCCUCGCGGGAUUGGCAGGAGAGAACCUCCCAGCUCAAGCAAAGCUUUGA